ACUGUUAAAUAAUUAGUUUAUUUUAUUUUAUUACUAAUACAAUGGUUUGUCUUUGAAAUAAUGGCGUAUCUGUUAUUACUUUGAGCGUAACAUUGGCUAACAAUUGUUUUUUUUGUAAUUCUAAUCUCUUUUUAUUUACGGGGCCCCGGCACCCUAUUCGUCCCUGGCUGGCUGCUAGGUCUGGCUGCCAGCUUCACGCUCAUUCAUUUUAUAAAUGAAUAAAUACACUAUACGUAAGAGACAUUGAAGUACUACAAGUAUUCUAGAUGUUUUAUAAUGACGUAAGUAAGAAAGAUUAGAAUUUUACAGAAAAUUUAAGUAUAUCUCGAGAUUAAAUAUAAAGCAAAUGUAUACGAGAUGUCUGCGUCAAUAUUACAUAAAGAGAGAUUAUAAUUAUCUGUUUAAUAUUUGAUUAUUUUGUCGAAUAUCUAUUUCAUCGUAUUUUCUUUAUCCCGUCUAUAAAAAACUGUUGUAUUUAAAGAUAUAAAUUAGCCUAUGUCAUUGUUCGUAGUGCAUGCGAAUUUUGUAGCCGUGUAUACAUUUGGAGUCAUGAAAAAAUUAUUUCACGAGGGAUGCAUUACGAGGGAUGUAAAAUGAAUAAUUAAUUUAUCGACUUCUGUGGGGUAGAAGGUGUGGACUCUGGAUAGUUACAUCUAAGAAAUUCGAUCCGCAAUGCUAUAGACAGUUGGCAUUUGUCAGUCACCCUAAAGGUUUUGUUACGCGUUAUUUUUAUCAGUUAUGAUUACUUAAAGUUUUUUUUUAUAUUUAAACUUUGUUAUAUAAAAUCUGUUAUAUAAAAUCAUAUUUGUAUCUCUAACAAAUAUAUAAUAUUCAAUUUAUAUCUGUCGAAGAAUUUUCUUAAUUGCAAAUAUAAUAGACACAUAAUAUUUUUGUAAAAUGAUAAAAAAAAAUAUAUUUUUUUAAUUCUUGUAAUAAUAAAUAUAAAAGCAAUCUUUUUAAUUGUCAAAAUUGCAAAUUACUUUUAAGAUAUGUUGAAGGAAUUCAAUAUUUAAUAACAUUUUAAAUUACAGAAAGUUUGUAAUAAUUAGUUGUACGUGUUAUGUAUUUUACAGAUAACACCGAUAAUAUCAGAAAAUAUCAUCUGAAAAAAAAUGUGCAUCCUUAAGUUUAAUUUUAAACUUUUAACGCUAUUCGGAUGCUGGCGACCGGAUUCUUGGGCGUCGCUAUAUAAACGCAUAAUAUAUCACAUACAUACAAGUAUAAUAACUUUUUUAUUAAAUAGUUUUAUGUUAACGCAAUUAAUUGAUGUACUUUUGACCACGGAUAAUGCUUCUGAGUUUUUCGAUAAUAUUUAUAUACUAAUUUCUGUUUUCAAUGUUUGUUGUAAAUAUUUUGUUUUGCUCAUUAAUCGUAAAAACAUUCUCAUUCUUAUCAACAUUUUAAUGGAGAAACCAUGUAAACCGUCGACAUCAACUGAAAUGAAGAUUCUGUAUAAAUUCGAUAAAAAUAUACAAAUUUAUACUAAAUACUAUGUAUAUUUGGCAAUGAUAUCAAUCUUUAAUAUUGUGCUAUCUUCAUUAUUUAUAAAUUUUGGGAAAAGGAAAUUAAUGUUCAGAGCAUGGUUACCAUUUGAUUAUACGUCAACGGUACCUUUUUGUCUAACAUACAUUUAUCAACUGAUAGGCAUAAUUAUUGCAGCUUGCGUAAACGUUGGUUGCGAUACUCUCAUCUGUGGAUUGUUAUUCCAUAUUUGUUGUCAAAUUGAAAUUUUGACCUAUCGUUUGAGAAAAAUUAUAUCUUAUUCAAACAUUAUCCGUGAUUGCGUACUUCAGCAUUAUAAUAUUUUCAGGUUAAGCCUUAUAAUUUUGCAAAUUUUGCAAAUUCUUUCUUUUAUAUCUUUUACACUGGGAGAAAAAAUAUUUUAAUACCAAAAAAUUUGAUUAAACAC